AUGCCUCCAGUUGUGUGUCGUCACUUUUUGGCUGGGUUCUGCCGCAAUGGUGAGGAAUGCGCGUUCGCCCACAUCACUCCUCGCUCUCCCCAGGUGCCAUCUCAUAGGUACUCGUCCUCACCCAAUGCACGAGUUUUUCCGGUCGGGACUACAGCGACUUCUAACACAACCUGGAGCGCUGAAACUCCGCGAAUUUGUCGAUUCUACUUAAUGGGACACUGUGCAUAUGGCGCCGGUUAUGAUUCGUUGAAAUCUCCACCCAAUUGGAUCAAUUAUCAAAAUGACGAAUCAAAUACCCGGUCCGAUCGCUUUCACUUUCGAAAAGCAGAUAGCGUGGGGUCUACGCCCCUUUCGGGCUUCUCUUUCAAGCAGACAUAUGAAUCACUUCAAGCCAAAGACCCCGUCCCUGUUGCGCCUCAAACUCUAGAGUCGUUCGGCUACAAGCACGAGGAAGUGUAUUCCGCUAAGGAAAGUCUCUCGCGAGACGAUCUUCAGGCUUAUUCAGAGCUGGACGAUGAUUUCUCAACCAUUCCUCUCCUCCCCCCACCAUUAGAAUACUACAUGGCUGAUUGUUUACUCCACGAUGCCCCAGACAUUAUCCAGGCAAUUUUUAUUGGAGACAAGUCAAUGCUUCAGUUUCCACCAAGCACAGAUGAUGUUAACUACAGAGAUUCCCACCGAAGAACUCCUCUCCAUGCGGCGGCAUACUGCGGGGAAGCAGAAGUUGUAGAAUUUUUACUGAAGCACAAUGCACGUGUCAACGUGAAAGACGCCAAAUGGUACACUCCUCUUCACCGAGCCUGUGCUUCAAAUGCUUCAUCCGUAGUCAAACUCCUUUUGGAAAAUGGUGCGGAUAGGAAUGUACGCGAGAAAUGUUGGCUUACUCCGCUGCAUGUUGCAGCAAUUAAUGGGAGUUUGGAAUGUGCUCGGCUUUUAUUGCUUCAUUCCAGUGGUGAAGGUGGGAGUGGCGCAAACGUGAAUGCGUCAGACCGCGGAGGCCACACCCCCUUGCAUCAUGCCGUUUACGGCGGACAUUAUGAGUUGGUCCGUCUGCUUCUCUCCAACGGCGCCUCUGUGAAUGCAUUCGACAAAAAUGACCGUCGUGCCAUGCACUGGGCGGCUUCUUGCGAUCUGAUAAGCAUUAUUGAUCUGUUGUGCGAAUUCGGGGCUGAAGUUAACUGUCGAGACAAGUCGCAGUACACCCCGUUGCACGUUUCUGCGGCUUUAGGUCAUGUCAAUGUCGCUAAACAGUUGAUUGAGCGUGGGGCUGAACUCGGUGCUCUCACUACACGGGGUAACACUCCCCUUCACAUUGCAUGUUUGAAUGGCCAGAAGGAAAUGGUCGCGUUGCUCUUGCAAUCUUUAUCCACUCAAAGCAGAUCUGUCCGUCCUGAAGGGGCUGAAUCUGCCGACGAUAAGCACGGAUCUCUAUUGGAGGCGAUUGCCUUGCAAAAUGCCGACGACUACUCACCGCUUCAUCUGUCUGUAGUUACGUCGGGAGACGGUGGCUGUGUAGAGCAACUCAUUUCAGCCAUCACGAAACGCGGGGAGGGGGAAAACAGUGUGCCACUUGAUCUAGAAACUCCUGGAGGCAGUUGUGAGAGGACACCGCUGCAUUUAGCUGCAGCUUAUGGGAGGUACCGGCGAGCUCGCAUGCUAAUCGACUUGGGCGCCAAUGUCGCGGCUCGUGACCGCUGGGGCAACACCCCCCUACACCUGGCAGCCGGCAGCGGACACGAGUUGGUCAUGAACACGCUCCUCCAGGCGGGUGCCCGUUGGGACACCCCCGGUGACUCCGGGGCCACUGCCCUGCAUUGUGCGGCUUCUGCGGGCUUCGCUCUGUGCUUCACCCGGCAAGCAGCUCCCUUCCUCUUUGAAUUAAUUGGACUCAAGUCGCUGGACUUUAAAUUUCCCCUGUUCUUGCACCUUUUGAUGGAGGUUGCGGUCAAGGAAUGGGAUGCACUUCUAGACGUGAAGAAAAAAAGUUUGGAUUGCGGAGACAAAGACUACCCACGCCACUACCGGUUUGUCCGUGCUCUUAAAGACGACAGGGGUCGUAAUCUAGUGCACGCCGCCGCCCUCGGCGGUUCCAUCGACUGUCUUCGGUGUGUUCUUCUCCACGGCGCCGAUCCGUUUGAAGUGGACAACGACGGAAGGAGCCCCCUUCAUUUGGCCAUGAUUUCUGGGUCCCUUGAGAACACUCAAGCGCCGAGGCUUGCAGAUCCCUCGGGUCCCCGCCGUCAUUCUUCCCAGUUAUCCAAGUCAAACGUCUCUGUGGAAACUGUUCGGAAGACCAAGUCUGUUAAAGAAGAGAAGCUUGGCGUUGACCCAAAUGCAGCCGACGUGCAUGGCUGCACAGCACUGCACCUUGCAGCAGCCUACGACACCGAUGGUUGUCUCGUGCGUUUACUUCUUAAACACGGCGCAAACCGCUAUGCUGUUGCCUCGUGGCCUUCUGGAAGUCAGGAGAUUUUCCCCGGUGCUGGGAGCUCUACUCCCUCUGAAGUUGCUGGUAGCGUUGACGAAACCCCCAGGGGCGGUGGUCCGCCCCACAAGCCGUCUGCGUCUAGCUCCGUCGACCAGGCCCUGGCUGCACCUGUGUACUACCCUCUGCACUUGGCCGCUUCAACGGGGAACGCUGCGGCAGUGACCUGCCUCCUCGAAGGACUCUCCUCUGUCGAAGCGUGCAGAUUGAUCCUCGACUCGGCCAGCAUGACACCGUUCUCGUCUGAUGGACCAAAGUCCUCCAACGAACCCUCCCGUUACUUCUACUCCCCGCUCUUUCUGGCUGCCUGUCGGGGGCAGACAGAUUGCAUUGAGGUUUUGCUGGACGCCUGCACAACAAAGUCAACUCAGUCCGAGGAGGACAUCAAGUUGGAACAAGAGCGGGAUGAGCGAGGGGGUCACAAGGCCAUCUUGAGUAAGGAGCGGCCCUGUGGUGAGCUAGCUGACCCCUUGGGACGCACACCACUCCACUACGCAGCCCACGCCGGACACCUAGAUGCCUGCCGACUGCUUGUGCGACAUCCCCUUAGUCGGGCAGACCCUGGAACCAAGGACGGUGUGUACCAGUGGAACGCUGUUCACCAUUCCGCCUCACAGGGUCACGUCGCAGUGGUCAAUUUCUUUCUGCGCUGGCAGAUGGAUCAGCAGGAGAAAUCCAAUCGUGCUCCUACACAAACAGGUCUAGCGGAUGUUCCCGAUGAGCACGGCCGCACAGCGCUAAUGUUAGCCGCACAAAAUCGCCAUCCCGGGGUGAUUGAACUCCUCACGACAAACACCUCAGGCCCCGCCUCCAAACCAGACACCUCUAAAGGGACUCAAGUUAGCCACCAGUCCAUGCGUGAUGUGAAUGUGACCGACUCCUAUGGGAGGACAGCGCUUCACAGAGCCGCCGCAAACGGACACACGGAAUGCAUGAAACUUUUACUUUCUGCCGGUGCGUCGUUGACGAUAGCUGACUUUCGUGGAAGGCAGGCCCUGCAUCUGGCCGCGUCCGGUGGACAAGUUCACUCAAUUGAGUUCCUGCUUCGGGCUCUGGUGCGCUCCUUUUCCGGCGGAACAGGGGAGGCAAUUGGCGACGAGACGGAGGGGAGCAGUGAGGCCCUGGCGAGGCUUCUUUGUCCCAACGAUUCACGCGGCUUCACCCCACUUCACUUAGCUGCCUUUUCCGGACACCUCGAGUGCUUGCAGAGCCUGAUUCAGUGCAGGGCAUAUCGUCAGCUGAGGGGCAAUACCUUUUCGCCGCUUCACUGCGCUGCUACACGUGGACACGUCGGCUGCCUCGAGUGCCUCCUGAAGACUUACGGUGUCGCUGGUCUUAAGCUGCAGGAUUUCAAAGGACGUGCGCCCCUUCACAUUGCAGCAAUGAGCAACCACCUUGAAAGCCUUGACUGCAUUCUCGACUACCUGGCCGAGAAGGCGACAGGGUGUCUCUCAGCGGAGGAUGCUCUGAGUCUCUGCGAUAGUCGGGGUUGCACGCCGCUGAUGCUGGCGACACGAGCCGGCGCCAUGGCGACGUGCCAACGACUACUCAGUGUCCUCUGUGUGGAGUCGGAUGCGUCUCCGCUUUUCGGGAAAACCGACUCUGACGGACAGACCAUCCUUCAUCAUGCUCUUCUGGCGCCAAAUGAACAAACGUCUCUCUUCCUACUCCAACGAAUUCAGGAUAAUACACUACUGAACCGUCCUAACUCCUGCGGCCUGACACCUCUGCACCUGGCUGUCAAGGCGGGCUAUCACAAGUCCGUCUCCAUUUUGCUCAGUCGUGGAGCCAACGUGUUUGCUGUGGACAACCGCGGCCAGCUUCCGAUUUGCGCUGUCUCUCAGAGCGAUCAGGCAUCGAAGUGUCUGACAAUGAUGCUGCUAUCGAUGAUGCCGAAUUUGAGGAACAAGCUUCCACCGGGCGCGUUGUCUGUCAGCAGCGGCGGCGGCGGCGACAACGACGACCAAUCACCCCGCACCUCGCACAACCUAAUGGGUGAUUCUAUUCACAGUUCUGACUCGGAGUUCUUCUAA